ACUGUAUUCUUCAAGGAAGCUCAUUUUCCGGAAUCACUCCAACUAUGGCAAUUAAUUAGUUAUUUAGAACGAGACAUAAUCACCAAAGAACAUAUUUGGCCAAAUUAAUUAUGGAUCAAUGAGCCGGAUCGAAUUGAAUGUGUCGUACUGAUACAUUCUCCUUUUUGUUAUCCAGCAAAUGAUGCUCUGUUGGAUGAAAAGAAUGAAAGAGGUGAACGACAUGUGAUAUUCUUUUGUGAAAACAAACAUAAUCAAUUACUCACCAACAUACUUGAGUUAUGUAUUCCGUGGUCAGAAAUAGAAACAAUUAUAUUUGGUGGUAUUGCUCAUCGAUUCUCAAUGACUGUUGAAAAUCUGGUACGCGUGAAAAAUUUCAGCCACAUAAAUAUUGAUUCUUAUUUUCAAAUGAAAAUUGAUAAGACAACGUUGGAAGAGAAGAAAAAGCAAAUUAUGCAAAGUUCUUCAUCAAGUACGUACCUAUUGUUUUUCUCAUCGGAAAAAUAGAACUCAUAUGUCAGAUGAAUCAUUUAUAAAUGUAGCGAUUACACGAGAGAAUAUAUUAGCUACUUAAUAAUGAAAAAUCAUAAAAGACGACAUUUCGCAUCAAAAUUAGCAUAAGUUCAAGUGAUAUUUAUGAAUCUUUUAAGAAGCCUCAAGUUUAAUAUUUUAUUUAAUUAGAAUAAUUUUUUUCUCAUUUUACUAAAAUGAACAUCUAACCAUUUUCGUUUUCUCAAUUGUGAAAUUUGGAGAAUUUUCUUCACUCCAUAACCGAUAGUGAAUCUCCUCAUGUAUCACGACAGUUCUCGUAACAAUAAAUGUUAAAUUCAGGUUGCAUGUACUUAGAUAUUAUCAUACAACGUUUGUCGAAAAUCGAUGCACCAUUAGUCAACGAUUCGUGCAGAUACAAAUCGGCAUUUUCACUGGGUCGUACUUUAUAUCAAAUUGAGCAUUUACCAUCGUUCGGUACGUGUGAUAUGAUCGCAUAGAAGAAACUAUAUGUGUUCUCUAUAUUUUUUUCAAAGGUGCAUAUCGUGAUGGACAGUUAGUGAGCUGGUGCUUAACACAAUUCAGCGGAUAUUUUGGAAUGAUGUUUACAUUAUCUGAAGUUCGUCGACUUGGUAUUGCCAGUUUAGUGAAUGCAUCUUUGGCUUCGGAAUUAUUUAAAUUUCAAGAACACGUGUUCUGCUAUGUCUUAUUUGGAAAUAAGGCAUCAUAUAAGAUGCUAGAAAAAUUAGGCUAUCGUCAAACAUGUAUCAUUGAUUGGCUUACAGUAACAUCGAAAUAA